AUGACUACUGGCAUCCAAGAGUAUAUUAUACCAUCUGCAGGCAUAUUGACUUGCACAUCCCUCACCACAUGUUUUUACCUGCAGGUUGUAGCCAUGCAAAAAGAUAUGCAGAAGCAGGUGGCCAUGAUGGUUGCUGUCCGUGUUACCAAAGAAGGCAGAAGACUUGAAGCAUCCUUGGGACGGAUUAUGGAGAAAGCUGUCAAGGCUAAUGCGGAUGCUUUGUGGGCUCAUUUUCAGGAGGAGAAUGCAAAACUGGAAAAGGCAUCAUGGGAGCGUACCCAGCAACUAUCUAAUAUGAUCAGCAAUUGCUUAAACAAGGACUUGCCUGCUAUUUUGGAGAAAGCUGUUAAGAAAGAAUUAAAUGCAGUCGGACAAGCUGUGGCACGCACAAUUACUCCCUCUAUUGAGAAAACAGUAUCUGCCUCAAUUUUGGAGACCUUCCAGGUUAACAUUUGGAUUUUCCUGUCCUUUUAA